UAGGGCAAAAACUGAAAAUUGUCUCUCUCCUAACUCAGCCAGUAUGAGUCUGGCAGUUGGGAAAUUUUUAUAGGAUACUCGGCAAAGACAGGGGAACAAAACGUACCAUUUAAAUUCUCUUUAUGAACACUUUCAUUUUUUUUUAUCGAUUGUACCAGAAAGUUACGUUUCUCUCAUAUACAGUGACGAUCAAAUUUAUCUGCUUAAUUCCUUAGUUUUUUUACUCGAUUUACUGAACAGUUCACGCUUUAAAAACCGAUAACUUCAAAAGAAAAUUUAAUUUUCUAUACAAUGAAAAAGAGUAUCAUCGGAUGAUAAUCAUAAUACAACUUUCAAACCUGAUUAGAAUAUAGUUAAAGUUCGCAUAAAUAAUACAUUUCUUAUAACGAAAAUAAAAAUAUCAUUCUAUACUUUUCAUUUUAUUUCGUACACAGACGAUCAUGUCUGAUUUAUCAUCGAUUACAACAAGUGUAUCAUUACUAUUGAAUCAAUAUUUAUUAAUUGUAAUUCUAUUUAUUGGUACUUUUGGCAAUGCAAUGAAUUUAUUCAUCUUUACUCGACCGAUAGUACGACGAAAUCCAUUUUCAAUUUAUCUGUUGUGUGCAUCCAUAUCUGGUUUAAUAGUGUUGUAUAGCGGUUGUUUAACACGAUGUCUAUUAGCGUACAAUUCAGAUCCAACUACACGUUCAGUAUUCAUAUGUAAGAUCCGUUAUUUUCUACUCAGUUCAUCCUCGAUUAUAUUCUACUGGUCCAUAGCCUUGGCAAUGCUCGAUCGAUACUUUCUAUCUUGUCGACAACAAAUAAGACGAAAUCAGAGUAAUUUAAAAAAUGCCUAUCGUUCAACAAUUCUUAUCCUCAUAUUAUCACUAAUCAACGUUCAAAGUUUCUAUUGUUAUGAUAUAGUUGAUCUACAAUGUACAACUAGAAAUCAAACAUGUUUGUUCUACAACAGUAUUGUGCAAGCAUUCCUCUAUUUAUUUAUACCAUCAUUAUUCAUAAUCAUAUUUGGAUGUUUAAUAAUUGUAAAUAUCAAGAAAGUAGAUCGGAGAAUUGUACCCGCUAGUAAUUCAAUAUCACAUAACAGACAUAGGCGAACAGAUAGACAAUUUACACGAAUGUUACUUGCACAAGUUCUACUGCUGACAAUAUUUCGUCUACCAAUCAAUAUACGACGAGUACAAUCAUUCAUUACAGCAUCGAUGAGUAAAACUGAAACACAGUUAACAAUCGAAGCAUUUCUUGAUCAAUUAUUAACUCUUCUGGCUUAUAUAAGUGUUACACUGCCAUUUUAUGUUUUUGUGCUAAGCGGUACAAUAUUUAGACAAAUAUUGAUUUCAUCAAUACGUCAAAUAUUUCAUCUAGUAUCAUGGUCACCAUCACCACCACAACAAACACAAAGACAACUGAUUAAUAUCAGAUACACUAGUACAUAG